AUGAUAAGCAUAUCAAGAUCAAGCAAAAAUAGGAUAAUUGAUAGAAGACCUUGCUUAGCCACCAAUAAUUUAGUAGUUGGAGAGAUCACUCCCUACUUAAUAAAUUUUGAGUCUCCAAAUGCCAUAAUUUCAAGUUAUCAGUUAUUCAAAUCUUUCCCAGAAAAGACUGUUUCAUUUUCGAAUCUCAUAAUUAUUAUAGUUAAGAUUUAAUCUCAAGAUCCUAGAACUCAAUUCCGGAAGUAUUUUGACAUGAUCGUAAGCCUAAGAUGGAAACCUGACCCUGAUAAGUAUAUCAUAUUACUGCUUGGAAUAUAAAAAUCCAUUGCUCCUCACUUACUUAAUGGGCAAACUAUCCUAAAAUGUACUCUAUUUGCAUAGGAUUAGAAGAAUAUUAUGCUUUAACUCACAGAAUGGUUCAGAGGGGAAUGCUAGAUAGGCCAAACAUUAAACCUCUCUAUUAAAAGGACUAAGAAUCCUGAUUAUAUAUCCAAUAAAAGCAAUACCUAUGGACUAUAAAUUAAGAUAUCUGAUAAUUAUGUGUUGCAGGAAGUGGCCGAUGGAACCCCCAUUACUCUGUAGCUAGUAGGACUUUCUCUCGAUAAUAUACUCAUUGCUUGA